AUGAAGGCCUUCCGGCGAGCAAUUCCUGCUCUACGGUCGUUUCACCCCAGCCGGGGCCUGCAGGUGCAGCAAGGACUGCAUCGAUAUGUCCGGCUCGUCCACUCAUCCACCACCAAAGCCGCCGUUGCGCACCCGGUGAAUGUCUCUGGGCCUCCGCCAAAGCCGCCAGGGUCAACGGCGAGUCCGCUGAGGAAGAGGUUCUGGAAGGAUGUACACGUCAAGGAAGCUGCUGGAGGCCAUCAGAUAUACCUGGACAGCCGGCCGGUUCGAACGCCAGAGAAGAAGAUAUUAACAGUGCCCUCUUCGAAACCGCAUCUCGCGCAUGCUAUAGCUCUGGAGUGGGAUCUACUUAGGACAGCACAGCAUGCAACCAAGUACCAUCUUAUCCCGAUGACAUCUAUCACCGGCCGGGCCGAAGACAUUGCAGCCGAAGACGCAAAGGGAGUCACCACGAUACGAGACGAGAUAACUCGCGUGAUGCUACGGUAUCUUGAGACUGACACACUGCUCAGUUGGGCCCCCGAGAAAGAACCAGACUACGUCGGACGAAGCAAAGAGAAGCGCGAGACAUUGCGGGAGAAGCAGAUCUUGGGCAGCCCAGGCUCUAGCUGA